AUGCUGGCAGCUGUACUAUUACUAAGCGAAACAGGCUCACACAUAGCCAGACCGCUGGUUGAAAUGGAUAAAGAGAAAAUAUUGCAAAUAAUUGAAGUAUUCCUUGAUACAAAAGGAAAGAAGGCCCAUUCAACUGUUCUACACAGUGAGAUAGGAACUUUUUUCUAUCAAGAUAUAGAUGAACUGUCUGUAAUUGUACUGGCAGACAAAGAAGACAGAAGAAUAUCUGACUCGCUAAAAACUGUUGAAGUGCUUAGUAAAUCGUUAAUAAGAAAUGUAUCUCUAGAGAGCAAUGAAAUAUUCUUAUUACUUAGCAUAAUUGACGAAAUAUUUACAAAGGAUGGGGUAAUUAACAGGUCAGUUGAAGAAAUAACCCGAAUAAUUAAUAUACAGAGCAAUGACGAAAUACUGCAUGAGAUGAUAAUGAAAGGGAAAGAGAAAGAGAUGGAGAAAGCAGCUAAAAUGAGAAAGUUGCACCCGGCAAUUGAUGAAAUAACAAAAGAGAUGGAAGAGAUAAGAAUACUUAAGAAAGAUCUGAAAGAAAUGCCUGUGUCAGCUAUAAACUCCCGGGAGUCAAAAGCAGUACCGGAAGUGAAGAGGAGCAAGCCACUAAUUGAGAAAAUGAACAAUGGAAUAAAUCUGGUGACUCAGCAGAAGCACACUGCCACAAUAAAUUCAGAAACAGAAGCAGUCAAAGCAGAAGGAGUGGGCGAAUUAUUGAUCAGAAUAACAGAUGAGGAAUACUCUAACAUCUCUAUUGACUUAAACAAGAGCAAGCCAAGAAAUGCCCGAGCACAUCCUUCAGUUGACAAAAAGGAGUUUUCUAAUGGAAGAAUAGUCCCCAAAACAGACAUUCCAUGCAAUACAACGCUUACUCUGAUGAAGUGGGCACUUGACGAGGUGGACAUGCCAAUUGAUGUGUCUUUCUGGCAGACAGAAGUGUCAGAAGAAAGGUACAAGUUCUUUAUUGAAAUAACAGCAACUGCUGAUGUAAAGAAGGUUAUUGUAAAAGUCCCAAUAAAAAGGGUCUCGGAUAUGGAAUUACUCAAUGGAAAGGUCUGCGGGGAUUAUAUAAUUGGUGAAAUAGAGGAAUUAUCCAAAGAUGAGUCGAAAUCCGUUGAAUUCUCUGGGCUCUGUGAUAACACAGACUCUCUAUUCCCAUUCCAUGUGGAAUACACUGUUGAGGAGAGCAAAGACACUCUCUCCACUAAAAAUAACCUCAGUUCAUAUGGCAGAUGCCACAGAAAGUGAUGAAGUAGAUAAAGAGUGCAUUACAAUGGCCACAGUAAUAGAAGGCGACUGCACUGUAACUAAUAACUAAAAAUGGUUUUAGUACGUCAUAUCCCCAGAAGUACAUUUCUGUCUAGCUAGUAAUUAGAGUAAAUAUUACCAGAGAUGCAGUACCGCCUAUGGCCCGAAAUGCAUUCUGAUUUUUCUUCUGUUAUAUACAGUAGUAUUACACAAAUAU